AAUAUAUUCGUUUUAUUCUGUGGGGACUUUACAGGGGUAGCAUGAAAUCAUGAACCGAGAUGAUGAGAGAAAACGCAGGUUCAACGAAGGAAUCGUUAACCUGCUCUACCCUCCUUCUCCUCAACCACAACUUCAACAAGACCCGGAACCCGUCCAAGCUUUGAAUUUGAUCGAAGGUUCUGGUUCUGGUUCUGUUGAUGUUAUUUCAGGUUCGGUUUCAUAUAUUAAAUCAAAUGCAGGCAGUUUGUAUGACAAUGAGAAUGCCUCCACGAGUGGCGACGAAGAAGAACAACAUGUUGACGUGAAUCUCACCAGGUCCCAACGUAAGAAAAUUCGUAAGAAGAAGCUGAAGGAAGAAGCUAUGCGUCGUGGAAACUUAAUUGGACCACUUUUGCCUCUCAGUUCAUCAACCGCCACCACCCAAUGUGCUGAUCAAGUUGCGGUGUUGGAGGACGCACCAAGUGUUCGAUCAAAUGCCUCUGAGGAAGGUGAUGAUGAACCAGCUUGUGCUAAAUCCAAGAAACUGAAACACCGGAGGAUGGCAAAAGGGAUGGCCAAAGAUAAGAGAGUAAGUGUCUCUAAAUUGGAAAGCUGCAAUCAAGGUUCCAUUUCAAGUUCUGUUGUUGGCCUGAAAGCCCCCCAUUCUUAAAUAUAUGUGUAGCUUUUAGACACUGUGAACUGAAAAAUUGCUCCUUGGUGGCAAUAAUCCCCAAAGUGGGUAUGUAAGUUUGAUUAUUGUUGUGUGCUGCUUUAAGCUUGCAAUGCAGUUAUCAAAAUUUUGAAGCAUUUUGGACUGGUUGGCUAAUUAAACCAUGGUUUUUGUUCUUGUUAA